AUGUGCACUGCCGUAGAGAAAGGCGUUAUUUAUCGAAGGAAUGAUCCAGGAACAACCAGAGAAGAGUGGUGUAACUGGCCAGAUAUGCCGUUUGAAGAGAUGGAUAAUACGCUGAAUGUGCAACAAUACAUACAACAGUGUAUUCAUAAGGAUCCAUCAGAUGUGGAUACUAUUUUAAAAGUUCCGCCAGGUCAGGAAGAAGGAGUGUGGAAAUACGAACAUGUGAGACAGUUUUGCAUGCAGCUCAAUGGCUUAACAUUGCUCUUACAGGAUGAAUGUAAGCCAGAUGUUUGCAUGCAGAUGACUGCCACGGAACAGUGGAUAUUCCUUUGUGCGGCUCAUAAAAAUCCAAAAGAGUGUUCUGCAAUCGAUUAUACACGGCAUACUUUGGACGGUGCAGCGGCAUUACUGAAUAGUAACAAAUACUUUCCCAGUCGCAUUUCAAUUAAAGAAUCAUCGAUUGCAAAAAUUGGUUCAGUAUGCCGACGAAUUUAUCGGAUUUUCUCACAUGCUUACUUUCAUCACCCAGAACUCUUUGAAAAUUUUGAGACAGAAACGCAUCUUUGUCGUCGGUUUACGGUAUUCGUGAAAAAGUAUAACUUAAUGGCAAAUGAGCAUUUGAUUGUGCCAAUAUUAGAACAGAAACUGAAUCAUCCAUGAAUAUGAAAUGAAGUGUACUUUCUUUGAAGAAAAGUGUAAGAAGUAGGCUUCAGGUCAUUCCUUUUUCCUGUUGACAUCAUUCGCUUAUCUCUAUAUGUUACUCCUUCAUUGUAUAUUUUUUUGCUUGUAGUGAAAUUAAUUUAUACCACAAUUUUCUUCCAUCAAAUUUCCUAGUAUUACUUGAGAUUUGUGUGUAGCGCAGUUACAUAGCAAACGGAUAGACGGGCAUAGAACAUAAUUCUAUAUUGUUGUAGAUGUUUUCUCAUAGAUUAUUUUUGAAUUAUUGCACGUCUUGAUUUGUUUUUUCUUUCAGAUCUUCUAGAAUUGUUAUUACUUACUUGUUAUCAGAUCAACGUUGGUUAUAU